UGUUGUUGCCGUAAGAAGGCGGAUGUACUUGCACACAAAUGUAGGUAGUUAGAUUGUUGAAUAUGUCCAAUGAGUUCUUUGAGUAAUUAAUACAUUAUCUGCCAAAGUCAGUCAUAUAAAAUGAACUAGAGUUUGACAUGUUAUUGUAUUUAUGAAACGAGUUCACUUUAGCUGAUCCUCGAGAUUGUGCUUUUAGUUGUCUCUCAUGCUACAUGUGCAGCUAUCGAUCUUCGUUAGAUAGAUAGCUAACUUGAUAACACGAGCACCUGCUGUGAAAUUCAGACUUGAUGACAAUUUCUGGGAAGUACAGUUACAGUAGGGAAUUGUUUGACUAUUGACUGUUGUAGCUAGCUUGCUGUCUCAAUGAGGACUGUUCGAGCACUGCAGAGAUUAAGAGGAGUCCUUGUCCGCCCUUGUCCACCACCAUUAUUUGUUAGAUCAUGGAGCGUGGCACAGAGCCAAAGUUUCUCAAGCAGCUCAGCAGAGAAACCAAUGCCAGGAAACUCGAUGCUCAGACACCUAACCUCCAAGAUCAAAGCCACAGGUCCUAUCUCAGUGGCAGAGUACAUGAGAGAGGUUCUUACCAACCCAGUCAUGGGCUAUUAUGUGCAGAAUGAUAUGCUUGGGCCAGAUGGAGAUUUCAUCACGUCACCAGAAAUUAGUCAGAUAUUUGGGGAGUUGCUGGGGAUCUGGUGUUUGAGUGAGUGGAUGGGAGCAGGGAAGCCCAGUCGCUUCCAGUUAGUGGAGUUUGGACCAGGAAGAGGCUCCUUAGCCAAUGACAUUCUCAGAGUUUUCAGUCAGCUGCGUGGGGCCCUGGGUGGGGCUGCAGUCUCAGUGCACCUGGUGGAGGUGAGUCCUAAGCUGAGCCAGGUCCAGGCCCAGUGUCUAACAGGAGACCAGAGCCAGGUGUCAGCCAGCGAGGAUGAGCCUGUGUACCGCCAUGGAACCACCACCACAGGCCUCCCCAUCUCCUGGUACCGCAACCUGGAUGAUGUCCCCAGAGGCUUCAGCAUCUACCUCGCUCAUGAGUUCUUUGAUGCCUUACCCAUCCACAAAUUCCAGGGAACAGAGAAGGGCUGGAGGGAGGUGAUGGUGGAUAUUGACCCAGAUGAGCCAGGCAAGCUGAGGCUUGUCAUAGUGCCAGCUCCCACUCUGGCCUCUACUCAACUCAUACAGGCAGAUGAAAAGAGACGGCACGUGGAGGUCUGCCCGGAGGGAGGGGUCAUCGUCCAGCGCCUAGCCAAUCGGAUCACCGAGGAUGGGGGUGCUGCACUGAUUGCUGACUACGGGCACGACGGGACCAAGAUGGACACGUUCAGAGGUUUUAAAGGUCAUAAGCUCCAUGAUGUCCUAGCCUCGCCCGGCUCUGCUGACCUGACUGCUGAUGUGGACUACAGUUACCUGAGGAGGAUGGCUGGAGCUACGGUGGCCUGCAUGGGCCCUGUCUCUCAGAAAGACUUCCUGAAAAAUAUGGGAAUCGAUACACGCUUACAGGUGCUGCUGAGGAACUGUGCAGACCCGUCCACAAGGGCCCAGUUGAUCCAGGGCUAUGACAUGCUGACCAACCCCCUGAAGAUGGGCGAGAGGUUCCAGUUCUUCACCAUGCUCAACCACAGUCGGCUCACCAGGCCCGAGCCUGAGCAGUCCAAGGGGGGGAAGAAGAUGGCCCCAGUGCCCAAGAAGGGCCCAGCGCCCCUGCCUGUGGCUGGCUUCAGUGAGCUUGGCCUUUCGUAAAGAACAGACACAGAGACUCACCACGGGUUCCUCUGCACUGCAGAGGCUGUGUAUCAACUCACUUAAAAGUUGCACUAUUUAUAAUUUAGCAGACAUUCUUAUCUAGAGUAACUUAGAAUAGUGAGUUCAUACAUUUUCAUACAUUUUUUCUUACUAGUCCCCGGUGGGAAUCCGAACCCACAAACCUGGCAUUGCAAGAGCCUGCUCUACCAUCUGAGCCACACAGGAUUAUAUACACAAGACCCGCGGAAGCAAUAGGGUUUGGUCUGACUGUGGUGUGAGUUUGGUUUGAAAAGUUGAACUGAAGUGCUGAUAAAAUCCUAAGAAUUAUGUACCUUGCCUCACUGAGGGAAGAUGGUGGUUGCCAUCUUUCUCUAUCAUCUACAUGUUCAUUAGACCAACAUAUAAUUCCAAGUGGUAGACAAUGUAACUUUGAUCAGUCAGAAGAACGUCACUCAAGGUCACAGUGUCUGAAGUUAUAGGAAACCAUUCAUGGCCCUUGGCCACGUGGUGCCUGGCUGUCUCCACAUCUUGAAGCAAUCUGGUGAACAUGGAGUUAGUAGAUAGCGUAUGCAUCCCAGAUGACACUACUUUUGAAUAGAGCCCUAUGGGCCCGGGUCAAAAGUUGUGCACUACAUAGGCAAUAGGGUGUCAUUUGGGACACAGUCAGCCACUCACAGCAUGCUGUGUUUUGCUCUGACAGGCUCUCCCUCACUGCACCAGUAGCAAUUAAAGGAUACUAUUACACAGGCCGAUUACCGUAGCCAUAAUAACCAGCCCAAAAAACUGAGCGACCCUAACAUAAAGCUAUCAUAUUAAAGACUUAAUGAGUCAUAUCAUAUUAAAGACUGAAUGAUUAAAAGUCAUUACAAAACAUUUUCCGGUGUAUAUUAUCGUUCUCUUUGUCUUGGAACCACAUACUGUGCUAAGUAUUUUCAUACGAUUAAGACUGAAAAUAUUCUGGUAUUAAUAUUUACAUUUUGAAAGAAAUCUUAGAAGAUUUCUUAGAAAGGCAACAGAAAUGUUUUCCUGCUCAAACUUGUAGAGCGAUAGGAAGCAUUUUCUGGGGACAUCUAUAGGCCUCAACAUAUGGUGCUAUCGUUACACAGCAGUAGUUAGCCAUUUAUUUUCUUCCCCAGCCACAAACGGCUCUGUUCAUCUAACAUAUGGCACAAUGAAAUGUGGCAGGCUACACUGGCACUGUGACAGUUGGAUUUAACUACACAGAUUAGAGACAUAAAGAGAGCUCUUUACCCCAGUUCUUCUGACUCUGUUGGUUGUCUCCCAAAUGGUACCCUAUUCCCCAUAUAGAGCCCUGAUCAAAAGUCGUGCACUACAUAGGGAAUAGGGUCCCAUUAGGGAUGCAGGCGUCCCAUAGUUUCCUCAGUCCCUCGACCAAUUAAAUGAUCAAGAAUACUUGCUCGUUUAAAAAAUUUCACUAAAAUAGGAUGCAUUUGUGUGUUAUGUUGUAUGGCCUAUCUUACGCAGACAAUGAUUCACUGUAGUUUCCAUGAGUUCUCUUACAUAAAGGUAGAAUAUGCUCCUUUGUCUGGAACACCGCAAUAUAAUCUGAUAAACAAGACCAAGGGGACACGAGCUGCAAAUGAAAUAAGUAGUAAAUCUCUACGGUACUGUCUGAGGCAUUUAUUUAUUGUUAGAUAUGUGAAUAUUGGAAUAUAGAAAACAUUGACAUCUGCCAAUCCAGUGGCAGCACAGACUAAAUGAAUCUCAGGUUGAAGUCAUCACCCUUCUACGUGUGUUUUGUACUGAACAUACAGUAUGGAAAACAUCAUACCACAACAUUGUUUCACAAUCCAAAGGGGUGGAUUGAGACUGAAAAUAGACUAAUACCAAAAUAGGGAGUGUGAAGACAACAUAUUGGAAUUUCAAUUGAGUCAUUUGGUGUUUUCAUAAAACAACAAUCAUAAUUUUUGUCCCUGCACACAAAAUUUCAGUCAUUUGAUACUAUAAAUUAAAUGAAUGCAUUCAUUG